GUGAAUUAAGUGUCGUGUUUUGCACAAAGACCCAUCUGGUACUGGCCGACAACCCGUUGCAAUUUUCCGAUAUGUGUGAAGCGACGCUGAAUAAUUCAUAAGAUGUGAGCAUAAGUAAGAGUUAUUUAACUGCUUAGUGAAACACCACGUGAAUGACUUGGUCGCUGACUUAGCUCAUUACUAAUCGCAUACUCAGGGCUCAUUAAACGUGUAGCAACCGUAGCAAAUCAAUUUUUAUCUUACCAGUAAAACGUCUUACAUAAAAUACACCUACAUGUCAUUGUUUCCACUUUUCCAAUUAACUUUUUGAUAAAGCCAGUCUAUGAAAUAUCUUUAGUAUGCCUAUUUCUUUCGCAAAAUGGAUUUUCCACGUACACUGUUAUAUAUACUUGCUAGCUUAGUGUGCGCAAAUCUAGGAAUUGCUAAGGUAGCUCAAGAAGAAGUGACUCGAAUCUUGAAUGGCAUUGAAAGCCUGCCGCAUUCGCACCCAUACCAGGUGUACAUCAACAUAACUGGAAAGUCCGGACAGGUUGAGUGGUACUGCGGUGGCACUCUUAUCCAUCCCCUUUGGGUACUAACCGCCGCACAUUGUCUCUUGGACGGUGCUGUCAAAGUGGAUUUAUUACUUGGAGCUCAUAGGAUUGAUGUUCAUGAAAGCAGCCACUUGUUUCUUUCAUCGAACCAGUUGUACCCAUUUCCAUCUGGAGAAGAAGAUAUAAGAGUGCAUGAUAUUGGACUUAUAAGGCUACCACGUCCUGCUCCAAGAACCGACGAGAUCGAUGUAAUUAAAUUGGCCUCAAAGAAUUUUGAAGCAUCUGCGACUAGUGGAAAAGACCUUUUGAUAAUAGGUUGGGGAGUGGUAACUGGGCACCGAGAAGAGGUCAUGUCGUCACCAAAGCUCAUGCAGGGGCUUACUCAUGUGAUCGCUAACUCCCAGUGCGUCGAGUCCUUUCCAUACAUAGGGGAAACCGACUUUUGCAUCUCAGGCAGACGUCGAGACAAGUCCUGCAUGGGCGACUCAGGAGGGCCGGUAUUACUCAAUGGGGAACAAGUAGGUAUAAUCUCGUAUGGACACUCUUACUGCGAUAUAGGAAUGCCCGCGGUAUGUGUCAACGUAGCCAAAUACCUGACCUGGAUAACGUCUGUGACAGGUGUAGAUUUUAACCAAGGCUGAACGACAGAAGGAAGAGCACCAACUCAUGUAUAUGUACCUAACUAUACAUAACUAUGGGAAAUAAACAAUGGUGGGCCAUAUCUAGUAAACAAUUGUAGUUUAAUUGUACGUACGUGUCAAAGAAGAGGUCGCACCCCCAUUUGUGACUCUCCUGGUACAUUUUGGGAAAAAGCCAUACAAUACAGGGUGAUUCAAAAAUAAGAUAUUGCGUUAUAUUUUAGAUUUUUAAAUGAAAAUCCUCCUUUUUCAAAUUUUUAGAUUCUCCAUCAAGUUUUGAGUAACUUUUGUUGCUUAAAGUGUAUACCUACCUUCAAUCUUUGUGAAGCUAUUUGAGUUUAUAAUAAAAUUCUAGAAAUUGUGAUAAGCAAUUACGAGUAUAUCGUAAAUAUUAAUAUCAAUACAGUUUCCAUAGUAACAAGUCGUUAAAAUUAAAUACAAGUCUCCGAUUAUUUAAAAACCAAAAACAA